CCUCCAAAAGAAGAGCUUAUAUUGCUCAUUUUACUAGUACUAGCUAGUAGUAUUAAAGUACAUAGUCAAGGAGAAAAAAGAAAAAGAAAAAAAAGGAACCUUUGGCUACCCGGCCGAAGCACAAGACAACCGCAAAGACAGAAAAAACAAAGAGCCAACUUUCAAACAAUCCUGGCUAAUCCUUGGUGGACGGGGCAGGUUGCCCUGCCAGGCCUUGACCCUUCAUCCAAUUCACCUUUAAACAAGAUUAAUCGCGAACUCUCCAUCAAUGAAACCAGCAACAGAAGUGGUGGCAGGGGCGAAGAAGAUGAUGAUGAUGAUGAUGAUGAGAGAGAUACCGGCGAUGAGCCUAAGGAGGGUGCUGUGGAGGUUGGUAACCGAAGACCUAGAGGCCGGCCUCCUGGAUCAAAAAACAAGCCCAAACCGCCAAUUUUUGUGACUCGGGACAGCCCCAAUGCCCUCCGAAGUCAUGUCAUGGAAAUUGCUGGUGGUGCUGAUGUAGCUGAGAGUGUGGCACAGUUUGCUCGGAGACGUCAACGUGGUGUUUGUGUGCUUAGCGGCAGCGGCUCCGUGGCCAACGUAACCCUAAGACAACCGGCAGCACCCGGUGCUGUAGUGGCACUUCAUGGUAGGUUUGAGAUUUUGUCCCUAACUGGGGCUUUUUUGCCGGGACCAGCUCCACCUGGUUCUACUGGACUGACUGUAUACCUAGCCGGUGGGCAAGGGCAGGUUGUAGGAGGAAGUGUGGUUGGAUCACUGGUUGCAGCAGGACCGGUCAUGGUCAUUGCUGCAACAUUUGCUAAUGCCACUUAUGAGAGAUUACCAUUAGAGGAUGACGACGAAGCUGGAAGUGGUGGUCAGGGACAAAUCCAAAGUGGAGCUAACAAUUCCCCACCAGCGAUCGGAAGCAGCGGACAACAAGCUGGAUUGCCUGACCCCUCAGCGAUGCCUAUCUAUAAUCUGCCGCCAAAUCUAAUCCCAAAUGGAGCUCAUCAAUUAGGGCAUGAUGCCUAUGCUUGGGCUCAUGCCAGGCCGCCUUACUAAUAGUGGAGGUAGACGGGAGAUUUUCAUGAUGAUCAGUGUGAUACUGCGUUGUACUAAAAGGUAGGCAUUUAAAUUGGAAGGAGAAGAAAAAUACUAGAAUAGAGGUGUGAAGAGAAGAGAUCAUCAUGCUUGUCAAUGUAUAUUAAACUUGGCUUUCCUUUCCUUUCUGUUAUGCAAUAAAAAGAUGAUUUCUGGCUUUUUAA